CCCGCCGCGCGGACCCAGACUCCGAGCUCCCGCCGGCCGCCUCCGCUCUCAGCGCAGGCGCGGCAGAACGGCCGGAGAGCGCCGCGGGCUCGGAAGACGAGCGGACGCCGCGGGCCAGGAUGGUGCUGGAGAGCGUGGCCCGCAUCGUGAAGGUGCAGCUCCCAGCGUAUCUUAAGCGGCUCCCAGUCCCUGAGAGCAUUACCGGGUUUGCCCGGCUCACAGUUUCAGAAUGGCUUCGAUUAUUGCCGUUCCUUGGUGUGCUUGCACUACUUGGCUACCUUGCAGUUCGUCCAUUCCUCCCAAAGAAAAAACAACAGAAGGAUAGCUUGAUUAACCUUAAAAUACAAAAGGAAAAUCCCAAAGUGGUGAAUGAAAUAAACAUUGAAGAUUUGUGUCUUACUAAAGCAGCUUAUUGUAGGUGUUGGCGUUCUAAGACGUUUCCUGCCUGUGAUGGUUCACAUAAUAAACACAAUGAAUUGACAGGAGAUAAUGUGGGUCCACUAAUACUGAAGAAGAAAGAAGUAUAAUAGUAAUGAAUUAGGAUUGAAUUUAGUUGUGUGCUAUAAAAGCUUAUAACUAUUUUUUCAUUCUUUGUGUAUAGAUCUUUCAAAUGGUGGUCUUAAUUAUUACUGGUUGAAUAAUUAUUUCUGCCAAUUUUCUUGCUACACUACUGUUUAUAUUUGAUACUUCGUAUAUUCAGUCAUUUAUAUAGAAAUUAAAUUGUGCAAUUCUUUCCUUCUGAUUUCAAAUAAUUAAUGUAUCUACAACAAAACCAACUGAUUUUAAUUGAGAAAAAUAUAAGUUUUUGGCAAUGGGUCCAAAACUGUUUCUUUGAAUAUCAAUAUUUUAAAUAGGAUCUAUACUUUAAAAUUUCUCCCUAUACUUGUAAAUAUAUUAUUUUUCAGUUCUCGUCUGUUUUGAUCAUUUGAAGUGAUUUUUUUAUUUUUUGGCCUUCCACAUUUCGUUCCUUUUAGAUCAUUAAGAAAAAUAUUGUCCUCAAGAAUUACUUGAGUUUUCAGAGAUAAACCCUUUGCUUUUCUACAGGUUGCUGUCUAAUAAUUAUAAGUAUCUCAGUUUCAGAGAAGAUGUGAACUGGAUAUAAGAGUUCCAACAAGGAACACUUAUUUACCUUAUAAAAGUUUCAUUUACUUUACAAAA